CCUUUACCGAUUGGCUACUUGCCUCGACACCGAUCAGAUUCUAGACUGUGGGCGGGACAUCUCACGGCAUCAACAGGAAGUACCAGCAGCAAAUACUUUUGUGGAAACUUUUACCAACGCAAACCGUCUUCUAACACUUUAAAGAGUCCACUGACCCAGCGAGGCGAUUUAUAUAUUACCUUGGAGUUUUAUUUUAUCGCGCUCGACUUUGAAAUACUCUCAGCGGUUCCGGUGAGGACCAUCUGCUUUGUUUGUUUACAUGGUGAAACAGAUGAUAAGCUAACGUUAGCAACGUAGCUCCAUUAAAAACGAGUCAUAUGAGCUGGUAAUUAUCCAGCACAUUUGUCCUCAUGAAUGAAGCUUAACACGGGUUGGUAGGAGCGUCUACACACCUGAAGGCUCGUCUUUAUUUGCGGUGAGCUGCUGAAAGUGCGAUAAUGAGAUGCUAACGUUAAAUGUGUCGAGCGUAAGACGAGAGAAACUGUGUUGUCACUGAGCCUGCGGCCAGUUUAAAAGGCCUGAAGGCGUCUUAAUGUCAAGAUGCCUUGUUCCUGUGGGAACUGGAGAAGAUGGAUCCGCCCGCUGGUCGUCGUGCUGUACAUACUGUUGCUGUUGAUCGUCCUGCCCUUGUGCAUCUGGGAACUGCAGAAGUCAAAGGUUGGCACUCACAAUAAAGCAUGGUUCAUCGCUGGGAUAUUUGUCUUCAUGACCAUACCCAUAUCAUUAUGGGGCAUCCUCCAGCAUCUGGUUCACUACACUCAGCCAGAGCUUCAGAAACCCAUCAUCAGGAUAUUGUGGAUGGUCCCGAUCUACAGCUUGGACAGUUGGAUUGCACUGAAAUACCCCAGUAUAGCCAUUUACGUGGACACAUGCAGAGAGUGCUACGAGGCCUAUGUCAUCUACAACUUCAUGACCUUCUUGCUCAACUACCUGGAAAAUCAGUAUCCUAGCCUGGUGUUGAUGCUGGAGGUCCAGGAGCAGCAGAAACACCUGCCCCCUCUCUGCUGCUGCCCGCCCUGGCCAAUGGGAGAGGUGUUACUGCUGAGAUGCAAACUGGGAGUGUUGCAGUACACAGUGGUGAGACCAGUCACAACGGUGAUUGCCUUGAUCUGUCAGCUGUGCGGGGUGUAUGACGAAGGCAAUUUCAGUUCGAAAAAUGCGUGGACAUACCUGGUCAUCUUCAACAAUAUGUCACAGCUGUUUGCCAUGUACUGCCUGGUGCUGUUCUACAGGGCUCUGAGAGAAGAACUGAGUCCGAUCAAACCAGUGGGCAAAUUCCUAUGUGUCAAAAUGGUGGUGUUCGUCUCUUUCUGGCAAGCUGUGUUCAUUGCUUUGCUGGUGAAAGUGGGCAUUAUCUCAGAGGAACGUACAUGGGACUGGCAAAGUGUGGAGGCUGUAGCGACUGGCUUACAGGAUUUUAUCAUCUGCGUGGAGAUGUUUCUGGCAGCCAUCGCCCACCACUUCAGCUUCACCUACAAGCCUUACAUCCAGGAGGCUGAGGAGGGUUCCUGCUUUGACUCUUUCAUGGCAAUGUGGGACAUCUCUGAUGUCAGAGCGGACAUUUCUGAACAAGUCCGCAAUGUUGGGAGAACAGUCAUGGGUCGUCCCAGGAAGCCCUACUUUGGCGAGGCGGGGAAUGACGGGGAGCGAUCUGGCCUGCUCGCUUCUGGCUCGCAAGAUGCCAUCACGGAGGCGGCAUCCAACCCCGUAUCACCCAGAGGUCAGUACGAGGGCCUGGGCAGAACCCUCACACCACAUUCUUUGUCAGCUCCCGCUGGGUUCAGCUCGGCCCCGUGGGAUGAAGGAUAUGAGGCUGGACCUGAAGUAACUGAGGAAGAAGAAAGGACCAACCAAACCAAAGAACCAACAGAUGCAGAUCUCAUCGUGAUUACCUAGCCUAACGUUAAGGCCGGUGUCACCAACAGACUCUCAGACAGGGUUGGGCAGGACCCAAUUACUGCCCCGCCAUGUUCCCUCAGACACUACUGUACGGAUGCAACAUUCAAUAAAACUAUUGUUGGAAAGGACACAUCAACCCAGUGAUAGUGAAAGUUGGCCAACAAAUGCAAAACCAGAUGGACCUCUCUGCCGGUGACAGCUCCAAGAAUGUUCAGUGAGGUUAUGGCACUAAACGAUUUGUAGACAACCUGUAAUUUAGGCUGUUAUCGUUCUACUAGUGAGUUAUAUGGCUUAGUUGGCUCUGCUAGAAUGGUCUUAUAAUUGAAAUAGACUUUUGGUGAAUCUAAACAUGCGCCCCUAUGAGCACACUUCUCUUCAAAGAAGCCAGCCUCUGUGCUGAUGUGUUUCUUUAAAUGAGAAUCCACAUAAAGCCCCCCCACACUCGGAGGGAAUCAUGCAUGUGUAUCCUGUCCUAUUAUGGAAUUAUUACACAUUUUCUUUGUGUCAUCUCACUCAUAUCAUGAUCUGUUGAAGCCCUGAGAGGCAAGUAUGAGUGGAAAAAAAUGGCAAAUAUUCUGGUGAUCCAUUUUCAGAUAAAGUAUUUUUUUUUUUCAUCUGUGAAACCAGUGAAAUUACCUUUUUAAUUUUUUGCCAGGAUCAUUGUUUUUAUUUUUAUUUUUUUGUGUGAAUAGGUAAAAAAAAAAAGGUUUUGGCAGGUUAAUAAAGAAACUUUGCCAUCAUAAUUUUUCAAAUAGCUUCUUUCACAGAUAAAAAACGAAACAAAAAACGCUCUCAUUCAUCUUUACAGAUAAAGUUUUAAAAUUUUUGCUUAUAUUGAUUUCAGAGGACAGUGGUUGAAAAGAGCACUUUCAAAAUGAAAAUCUACUAAACUAAAGCACAUAAGAUACCCGUAAUCCAGAAUCUAUUUUUUGUCUCAGCCUGCAGACGAUCCAUACUCCCAAGAGAGGGAAGGAGGGAAUGGAAAGAGUAAAAGCACCAAAUUUCUGACCUGCACAGUUAAGAGUUAGGUCGGAGCUGUUCCUGCUGAUGUGUCCUGACUGACAGUGUGACAUCAAUACAGAAUCAAUAUUAAUAAGAUGUAUUUCUUAAGGGUUUGACUAGAUGCUGUAAGUACAGUACAAGUAUUAAAACAACGUACAUAAUUCAGUUUGAAACUGUACAAUCAGCUCAUGCUGGUUCAGGUCCAUCUUGGCUCUACUGCAUACAGCUCACUCUAUCGUGUUCAAUAGAAAUGCAUUCACUAGGUCUUCUCAGAUGCCUUGUUCUAUGUGCCGUGGAACUAGUUCAUCCACUACAUCGUUAUAUUCCAGGUCCAGUUUUUCCUUCUGCCAUUAGCUUUUAUUCACAUUAUUUGAUGAGAUGUCGUCCAUCGUUUUUAGCCGUCAAGCUUGAAUAACUGCAGCUAUGACAGCCUAAGCCAUUUACGUUUCCCCGAGCUCUUUUUGUCUUUGUGACUUCCAUUGGAUUCGUGCAGGGAUAUUUACACGUUUAAUGUACAGUGUGGGAUAUCAGUUGGUGUCAUGAAAUGCAUAAAUGUAUCAAGUCAACAGCAUAAUCUGCAUCAAGUCCAGCUAGAGAAUGUUGCAUUGCCUUACAGGAUUUUAUUUUUCUAAAAACUGACAGGAUCAUAUCAGAGCUGAUGUCAAUGUUCCACAUUUCAAUUUCUGACAAUAUCUUCAAUAAACCAGAUUAACUUCA